AUGCUUUCCCCGCAAAGGGACAGACCAAGACAGCCCCGCUCUGCUUUGUUUCCGCAGCUCGGGAGCCUGGCCCAGCACUGCCCCUCAGCACCAGCGGCCGGACUGGGCAAGGUUUUAAGCAAGGUGUGGCCACCCACCAGGAAAAGCCUGGCAUCGGCAGCAUCCCUCCAACAGCUGGAUCUGCAGCUGGACCUGCCCAACCAGCAGGGUGAGCCUAUCCUCCACAGCCCCGUGGUGCUGACCCAGGGCCCCAAGUCCAAGGAGAGGCACCUCCUCCUCUUCAGGGGCCGGCUGGUCAUCGCCAAGCAGAGGGGCGUUCUUCGCGCUGCCAACGCCCGCAGGAGCCCUGCCACCUUCCAGUCUGAGUGGGCCGUGCGGCUGUUACUCAGGGGCCACUUCCUUCAAAGCUCAGAGGCAGCAGAACCCACAGGCCCCAGCCCCUCUGACGGGUCCACCGAGGCGUCGGCAGGAGCAUUAGCUGGAGGCCUGAACAUUUCCCACUUCCGCCAGCACGGCUCCCUUCGCUUCUGA